AUGACAACUAUCCAGAAUGGUGAGGCGAGGGUGAACUUACAACGGGAUAUAAUCAAAAAACACCUACAUUUACAUGACGACGAAAGCAUUAAAUUAACUUUGAACUUUCUCGCAGAACUACAUAGUAAAUCAUCCUCAUCAUUUCAAGCAUUCCAUGAGAGAGUCAAACAAAAUGGAGGUGAGGAUUUUGAUGCCACAUUUUUGAGAGAGAUUUAUAGCUCGCUAGGGCAGAGCCAAUUAGAAGGUAGAAACGACGGUGCUUUUCAUGUACGUUCAACCCCUGAGACGUUUCUUGGUCAGGUCUUUGAGGGUAAGGUCAUCUCCAUUCGCCCUUAUGGAGCAUUCAUUCGUUUCAACAAUACAUCGGGCCUUUGCCAUAUAUCUCAGGUUUCUUAUGACGGGUCUAGAACCACACUGGUUGAUAUGCAACCAAAUCAAAAAGUAUAUGUCAAGGUUAUUAACGAAGGGCAUGACAACGGGGGAAGAAUUUCACUCUCCAUGAGGGGGAUCAACCAAAACACCGGAAUUGAUGAAUCACAAGAAAGGAGCAGUGUCAGUGAGGAAUGGACAUCAAGACCCUCGGAGACACACUCAACCACUCCUUCCGACAGACUACACCAUGAAUUGGAAAUUGACACCGAAAUUGAAUUGAAUGAUGCCAGACCAUCAUUUUUGAAAAACAAGGGGUUUACUGAGACCCCCUCUAUGAACAAGGUCCUCAGUAUGGACGGUGUAAUGACCAAAGCUGCUGAAAAUGGAUCCGAUUUUGCAAGAAAAUUUAGAGAGGAAAAGCUCCAGAAAGAAAAGGAAAAGAAUAAAGCCAGUCACCAACAGAUAGAUCCUCUUGCGAAUAAGGAAAAAACUGAACAAGUGAUUUCAGAGUGGAAAAAAUCUCACAAGCUCACUUCUUUUCAAAAGCCGACCAAACUCACCAUUGAGGAGCAGAAAAAGUCGCUCCCAGUAUACGACAUGCGAGCGAAUCUCAUUCAAAUGAUUAGAGAUAACCAAUUCGUUGUAAUUGUGGGUGAGACCGGUUCAGGAAAGACGACUCAAAUUGUGCAAUACAUUUAUGAAGAAGGACUAAAUGUGGUUCAAGGAGAGUCAAGAAUAAUCGGCUGUACCCAACCGAGACGUGUGGCGGCCACAUCAGUUGCGAAAAGAGUAUCUGAGGAAGUUGGUUGUACUCUUGGAGAUGAAGUUGGGUACAAUGUUCGAUUUGAUGAUAAAACUACCUCCAAGACAAUGAUAAAGUACAUGACUGACGGUAUGUUGGAAAGAGAGGCUCUCACAGAUCCAGAAAUGAGCAAGUAUGCAAUUAUUAUGUUGGACGAGGCGCACGAAAGAACGAUUGCCACCGAUGUGUUAUUUGCUUUGUUGAAAAAAGCUGCGCUUGCAAACCCCAAUUUGAAAAUAAUUGUCACUUCUGCUACUUUGGAUUCUGAGAAAUUUUCCAAAUUCUUUAAUAAUUGCCCGAUAUUAACUAUACCUGGUAGAACCUACCCUGUGGAGGUUCUCUGCACGAAAGAGCCAGAGAUGGAUUACUUGUCGGCUGCGUUGGACACGGUUAUUCAGAUACACAUUUCUGAACCUAAUGGAGAUAUAUUGGUAUUUCUUACAGGACAAGAGGAAAUUGACACUAGCUGUGAAGUGCUUGCCGAGCGAGCGAAAGUGUUGGGUGACUCUGCCCCUGAGCUCAUUAUCCUACCAGUGUACUCAGCAUUACCCGCAGAAAUGCAAGCCAGAAUAUUUGAACCCACUCCUCCUGGAUCACGCAAAGUUAUAUUGGCAACCAAUAUUGCUGAAACUUCAAUCACAAUAGAUGGUAUAUACUACGUUGUUGACCCUGGAUAUGUCAAGUUGAACGGGUACGACCCAAAACUGGGGAUGGACACGUUAAAGAUUACCCCUAUUAGCAAAGCACAAGCCAAUCAGCGAAGUGGUAGAGCAGGUAGAACCGGACCAGGAAAAUGUUAUCGCUUGUACACUGAGCAGUCAUAUAUCAAGGAAAUGCUUCCAAAUACAGUUCCCGAGAUUCAACGACAAAAUUUAUCGCAUACAAUUCUCAUGUUGAAAGCCAUUGGGAUUGAUGAUGUACUUCAUUUUGAGUUUAUGGAUCCCCCCUCAAAGAAUUCAAUGAUGACCUCGUUGGAGGACCUUUACAUGUUGGAAGCGUUGGACGAUGAUGGAGAGCUCACUCUUUUGGGUCGAAAAAUGGCUGAUUUCCCCAUGGAACCAGCGCUUGCAAAAACACUCAUCCAAUCGGUUGAUUUAAACUGUACCGAAGAGAUUUUAACCAUUGUCGCUAUGCUCUCAGUACAAACCGUUUUCCAUCGACCAAAGGAGAAACAAAACCUUGCCGACCAACGGAAGGCGAGAUUUCAUUCAACCAAAGGUGACCAUUUGACUUUGCUCAACGUGUACAACCGUUGGUGUGCAAGCAAGUAUAGUAAGGAUUGGUGUCGAGAUAAUUUCAUCCAGGAAAGGAGUAUGCGACAUGCAAAGGAGGUUCGGAGACAAUUACAGACAAUAAUGACAAAACACAAGUACCCGGUAAAUUCCUGUGGCAAUGAUUUGGAUGCGAUCAGAAAGACUUUAUGUUGUGGUUAUUUCAAAAAUGUAGCCAAACGUGAUUCCGGAGAAGGGUAUAAAACGUUAUCCAAGAAUGAAACUGUUUACCUACAUCCCUCCUCAAGUCAGUUUGGCAAGAACCCCGAGUAUCUAUUAUACCAUGCAAUAGUCAUGACCUCUCGUGAGUACAUGCAUUGUGUCACUGUCAUUGAUCCUGAGUGGCUUUGCCAAUACGCUCCAAAGUAUUUCAAAUUAGCUGAUCCCUACAGCCAGGCCAAAAAGAAGCAAAAGAUUGUACCAUUGGCAUCAUUUGGUAAUCGUAAUCAGAAAAAACCAUUGGGAUGGAGACCAGGAAAGAAGAAAUAA